AUGGCGUAUAGAGAAGGACAGAAAGUAUUCUUGAGGGAGCUGGAAACUGCUUUUUGGUUCGACCGAGGACCAGAAGGCCGUUCGGGCAACAGCGCAUGCGAAAACUUCUUCUGGGAUCUCACACCACAAGCCUCCCAAGCGCUUCAGAAGCAUUGGGAGCACGACUACCCGCUUCGAAUGGGAGAGCACUGGCUACAAUUCUUCAUGGGCAGCCCAGGGCUGCGCGUACUUCAAGUUGAGUAUGAGACUCUCAGUCGGAAGAAAGAGGAGAUGAUGCGCAUCGUUCAACGAAACAAGAAGUGGAAGCUUCCUGUGCGAAGGGAAGCUGAGUCGUACCAAGAAGCCGACAUGGAGGGUCAUCUGAGCGCAGAGGGCACUGAGCUGAAGGAGUGGACGUGGAAGGGCACGAGCAAGCUAGGUGGGGAAAAAUGGGCUCCUCAUGGAACCGCUGACAAGUUGGAAUAUGUUGUAGUGACGGACACCUGGAGGUUUGUUGAUACUCCACUCAGCGCUGAAGAAAUGCGCGGACGUGAUGAUGCUAGGAUGAAGACGGCCCCAGCGACGAGGGAAAUCGCGAAAGAAAGGCUUCGGACUGUUGAGCUUUGA